GGUUACUGAAAAAAAGUUCUCAUCUCGAUUCUCGUCGUUUUGGUGCAUUUAUCAACUCUUUUUCGUGUUUUACCGAUUUUUAAGUACGUACUGUAACGUAACGUUAACGUUUUUAAGUAACGUACAUAAUUUCUGUACGUUAAGAUCAAGCGCUGGUAUCAAGAAACAUAUACAUUCAAAAUGAAUAUCGGAAGGAAGGAUGGCGGGCCAGGUUAUGUCGGUAUACAGUUUUGUCAAGAGUGCAACAACAUGCUUUACCCGCGCGAAGAUAAAAACAACAAAGUUUUGCUGUAUGCCUGUCGAAAUUGUGACUACAAGCAGCUAGCAGACUCAAACUGUGUGUACGUGAACAAAAUUAUGCACGAAGUAGAUGAGCUAACUCAUAUAAAUCCAGAUGUGGUGAGCGAUCCAACUUUGCCUCGUACUAAAGAUCAUAUGUGUCCGAAGUGCAACCACAGAGAAGCGGUGUUCUUCCAGGGGCAGACGAGACGCGCUGAGGAGGAAAUGAGACUGUACUAUGUGUGUACAAGUUGUAAACACAGGUGGACUGAGUGAAGGACUUCAGUGUUAUUUAUAAUCAUUUUGAUAAUAAUAAUAUAAUUUAACGUAAAAAUCAGCAUCAUAUUAUCAGCAAUCGUCAUCAUAUUAUCCGCCUGUCAAUGUCUACAGUUUUCUGAUAAGAUUUGUUAAAGUGUGUAAUGCGCUCCUGGCAUCCUUGUCUCCUGCUGCAUGUAUCCUAAAUAUUUUCAGAGCAAGAGUGAAUAAGGCAGCGUCUAAGCAAAAGCACCCUCUAACGCAAACCUCAUCUUUGCUUUUUAUUAAUCAUGAUUGUCGUCAAGCACAAGCCCAUCUCACAAUAAAAUUAAGCAACCUGAAAGUCCCAUCUAAAUACUAGAGUAGUUUAUGAUAAUAAUGAUAAAAUAGUAGUACAUU